AUCCACAAGCCACUGCCAUACCGACCCUUCUUACUAUUGCAUCUCCAUUAUCACAAAUGGCAUACCCACCACCUCCCGUACCACCACCAAUGCCACCACACCUAGCCCAUGCCCUUCAAAUCCCCAACCCCUCACCAUCAUCAACACCACAACCUACUCCUGCAACAACAACAAAACGCCCCUUCCACCCAAGCACGCUAUUCUUCUACGGCACCCUCCAAGACCCCCUAGUGCUCCAAUCAAUCCUCAACCUACCCAGCCCACCAACAAUGCGAAAAGCCAGUCUAGUGCAUCCAGAGGAAGAAAACAUUAGUGUGAGGAUGUGGGGUAUAUACCCUGCUCUUGUUAUUCCAGCAGCGACUAUUGUAUCGGGAACAGUUUGGCACUGCUCUUCCGCCGCACAUUUCGCGCGCCUGGAAGAGUACGAAACGAACGCGUAUACGUGGUGUGAAUGCGCUGUUACGCUAGAUGUAGACAUCAAUGUCGAUGUCGAUGUCAAUAGCGGGGAAGAAGUAUUAAGGGGGUGCCGGACGUUUUGUUGGGCUGGAGAUGCAGAGAGUAAGGAAUUAGAGGAGGGAGUGUUUGAUUUGGAGAGGUGGCAGAGGAAUUUCAGGGGGUCUAUUGUGAGGGGCCGGUGA